AUGGCCGCGUUUCGGCGUAAAGCUUUCCUACCCGAAAAGUACGGCGCCCAAUGUCAGUAUCGGGGACCGGCCUCCACCUCCAGUUCGAGUGAAUGGGAAUCCCCCCGAAACACGUCACCGUCGCUCGUAAAGCGUGUGGACGGCGACAGCGGAUGCGCCAGAUACAGUCGUAAUUGUAAUAAUCGUCACCAUAAUCGUAACCAUCGUGAUAAAAUUCGGCUUGACUCGACGAGGCGGCCGACCAGUGCUGCCAGCAGUUUUCACAACCUAGUUCUUAUGAAUGUUCAGCAGAUGCUGCAUAGCGUCCCCCGGCUGGUGCUGCUGGCCGGGCUAAUUCUAGCCUGUGCCGGUUCGCACUGCUGUUCCGGUUUCAUGUUGGACGGAUCCCAGAAUAGUUUCGCCCAGUUCCGGAAGUGGUACACCGGGCUCAAUGGCACCCUGGAGCUGGAGUUUAAAACGGAACAACCGAACGGGCUGGUGCUGUACACCGACGACGGUGGUACGUACGACUUUUUCGAACUAAAGCUGGUCGAGGGUGCGCUGCGGUUGCGCUACAACCUGGGCGGCGGAGCGCAGAUCAUCACGGUCGGGCGCGAUCUGCACGACGGACACUGGCAUAAGGUGCAGGUCCUCCGGAAUGACGAGCACACGACACUCACGGUGGACGGUGUCUCCCAGAGCCGCACGUCUCGAGGGAAGGAAUUUCUUUUCGGCAAGUUUGCCACCAACUCGGACGUGUUCGUCGGUGGUAUGCCGAAUUGGUACAACUCGAAGCUGGCCCUUCUGGCGCUGCCAAGCGUCAUCUUCGAGCCCCGUUUUCGCGGUUCCGUUCGAAAUCUGGUGUACUCGGACCAGCCUGGUGUGUCCCCCCGGCGGCAGGAAAUGCGGCAACCGAGAGAUAUCAAGUGCGGAGAUUCUCCAUGCGAUUUGACGGCAAUACCACGGGAAAAGGUCACCAGGGGCCUCCGGAGCAACGUUACAGAUGCCUGCGAACGACAUGAUCCUUGCCAGCAUGGCGGCAUUUGCAUAUCGACCGAUUCCGGACCAAUCUGCGAAUGUCGCAAUCUUGAGUACGAGGGACCCUACUGCGAACGAGAUAAAGCACCAUCGGAGGCGACCUUUCGGGGCACGGAGUUCCUCUCGUACGAUCUGGGCCAGACCGGCGGCGAGCCAAUCGUAAGCGCACAAGAUGCCAUCACGCUCUACUUCCGGACCCGACAACCGAACGGACUGCUCUUCUACACCGGUCACGGAACGGACUAUCUGAAUCUGGCACUGCGGGACGGCGGCGUGUCGCUCACAAUGGGACUAUCGAACGGCAAGCAGGAGAUGCACAUCAAGCCAGCCCGGGUUCGCUUCGAUGACCACCAGUGGCACAAGGUGACGGUCCACCGGCGAAUACAGGAGAUUUCAUCGAUUACCAGCUUCUGCAGGCUGGUGGCCGUGGUGGAUGAUGUCUACACUGACCACUCGCACAUCGCCGGAAAGUUUACAAUGCUAUCGUCAUCACGCGUCUACGUGGGAGGUGCCGUAAACCCACGGGCGCUGCUCGGCGCUCGCGUCCACAACAACUUCGUCGGUUGCCUUCGCAAGGUGGAGUUCUCCGCAGAUACGUUAAGGCUAAACCUGAUCGACUUGGCUCGGACUGGUUCGAAAUUGAUUCAAGUGGCAGGACGCGUCGACUACCAGUGCCCUAGUGGUGACCCUCAGGAUCCAGUCACGUUCACCACCCGCGAAUCUUAUCUGCUCCUGCCGCCGUGGGACGUCUCUAAGCAAGGCAUGUUGUCGUUCAAAUUUCGCACAAAUGAACCGAACGGAUUAAUUAUCCUAAAUACCGUGACGAGACAACCGAGGCCGGAUUUUUUCGCGGUCGAGCUACUCAACGGCCAUAUUUACAUUCACAUGGACCUGGGCUCGGGAGCAGUUAAGGUACGUGCGUCUAGACGACGAGUAGACGACGGUGUCUGGCAUGAACUGUCGCUUCGAAGGAAUGGCCGUGAAGGAAAGGUGGGAGUCGACGGACAGUGGAAUGAUUUUCGUACCCCCGGCGAUUCGACGCAGCUCGAACUGGACAGUCCGAUGUACCUGGGAGGAAUCGGUCCACCCUAUGCGGAAGUAGUAAUACCACCGGCCAUAUGGACUGCCACGUUGCGGCAGGGAUUUGUCGGCUGCCUACGCGAUUUAGUACUCAGCGGAAAGCCGAUUGACAUUGCCGCUUUCGCUCGACAGCAAGAUUCAGGUGCAAUCAAACCAUCCUGCCAUGUUGUAGCUAAUCAGUGUGGAGGUUCAGUGUCACCCUGUCAAAACGGAGGACAAUGCACGGAAGGUUGGAAUCGACCGCUCUGUGACUGUUCGGCAACUUUAUUUACUGGCCCGACUUGUGGCCGCGAGUCAGCAACCCUAGCGUUCAAUGGCUCCCAGCAUAUGGCAAUUUGGAUCGGCGGAAGCCAAGGAACACGAACUCAAACCGAGGAACUUGUUAUACGCUUCAAAACAUCUCGCCCAGCCGGUCUGCUACUGCUUACCAGUGCCGAGUCCAGUUCAUCGGACCGACUCGAAAUUGGAUUAGUGGCAGGUCGCAUACGGGCAAACGUAAGACUAGGUGAACGCGAAAAGAACCUGCUGGCUGGCCAGGGUGUCCUUAACGAUAACAACUGGCACACGGUGAGAUUCUCUCGACGGGCGUCCAAUCUGCGACUGCAAGUUGACGGGGCUGCACCCGUCAGGGGUAUGUUAUCGGAAGCAAUACUGGGUCGACAUAGCACAUUGGAGGUAAAAUCCUUACACCUGGGUGGACUGUUCCACGCGGAAGAGGAAAUCCAGAUGACGGCUGCCAUGCCGAACUUCGUUGGACAACUGCAGGGUUUCGUCUACAAUGGACAUCGCUACAUUGAUCUGGUGAAAACCCUCGGACCGGAACUGUCCGCUCUGCCAACAACGACAUUCAAAUUAACGGCUCGUUUCAUCAAUUCACCGCCAGGAUCGCCAUAUCUGCCGGCGACAUUCCGUUCGAAGCACUCCUAUGUAGGCCUGCCAAUGCUGAAGUCCUACUCAUCCACGUUCAUCGACUUUCGCUUCAAGACCCUCGAGCCGAACGGUUUGCUCUUCUACAACGGUGGCAAGCGCAGUGAUUUUCUAGCCGUAGAACUUGUCAACGGUCACAUUCAUUACGUUUUUGAUCUGGGCGAUGGACCGAUCACAAUUCGCGAUAAAGCGCGCAUCCACAUGAACGACAACCGAUGGCAUUCGGUUAGCAUUCGGAGGCCUGGACCUAAAACUCACACACUGGCGGUGGACGAGUCGAUCGAAAUCUAUACGGCCAACGGAAAUAAUAUGCACCUGGAAUUGGAGGGAAUCCUAUACGUUGGUGGUGUAUUCAAGGAUAUGUACACCCGCCUACCGUCGAGCAUCGCAUCGCGGUCCGGUUUCGAGGGAUGCAUGGCUUCGGUGGAUUUGACCGACUCGUCCCCCAGCCUAACGGAGGACGCCGUCGUGCCCAGCUCGCUUGUCGUGUCCGGCUGUGAAGGUCCCACCAAGUGUAGCCAAAAUGCGUGCGCUAACCGGGGUAUUUGUGUGCAACAGUGGAACGCUUACGCCUGCGAGUGUGAUAUGACCUCGUUCACCGGGCCGACCUGUUACGAUGAAUCCAUUUCCUAUGAGUUUGGUAACAAUAAGGGAUUGAUCCAGUACACGUUCCCACCCGGUCGACAGCCCGACACUGAAGAGGACAAUGUUGCGUUGGGUUUUGUGACCACCAAAUCCGAUGCAGUGCUGCUACGCGUCGAAAGUUCUACAACUCAGGACUACGUCGAAAUGGAAAUAGUCGAAGGAAAUGUGUUCAUAGUCUAUAACGUUGGUUCGCACGACCUACCGCUGGGUGAAAUAGGCGUAAAGGUGAAUGACAACAAUUACCAUAUUGUGCGAUUUACCCGCUCCGGAGCAAAUGCCACACUGCAGAUCGACGAUUACAACGUUCAAACGUUGUUUCCUUCAGGUCACCAAUCGACGAUAUUCACCUCGAUGGCGAACAUUCAGGUCGGCGGAAAAAUUUCCCGCAACGGUCGAUCCCGCAUCGAACGACCGUUCAGCGGUGUCAUUGCGGGACUCUCGGUCAACCGUUUGCGUGUGCUGGACCUGGCCGCAGAACGCGAUCCCCACAUCAACGUGCGGGGCGAUGUGCAAUUGGUAACUGGCGUUUUAGAUAGAAAUGACCAAAGAAUGCAGCAGAAUUCUUCGGAUAAUUUCAAGACCCCAGCAAGCGGCUACCCAGGUGUGAUGGAUGAUCUGAUCUUCAGCGGGGCCGGUUCCGGUUGUCGGGGCGAUGACGAAGACGAGUGCACGCCGCCGUUCGAGAAUGGCAGUGGCGAUGAUCUGAUAACCCCUGUCUAUGUACCGCCAACGAAGCAAACGACCCCGGCUUCGGGAGGUGGGAAAACUGGAGGCCGCCGAAAGGACGAAGGCAAACUGUGCGACGACGAAGACUGCAUGCAUGGUUCCGGAUCGGGAGAGGUUACGGAAGUGUUUACCACAUCAACCGCCAAGAGUUCAGAAACAAGCCCCGAUGUUACAUACACAACUGUCGAUUUUGACAAGAAGACGGACGGAACUACCACGCUGACUACGCAGGGAAAAUCGGAAACUUACCUACCAAGCGAAACUACUCGAGAGAUUGAUUCAACAAGUAGUGGAACGACCGGGUAUGGCAGCAGUAGCAGCAGCAGCAGUGUCGGUAGUAGUGUUGGAACUUCGUCAACUUAUGGAACAACGGUUUCGAUGGGUACUACGGGAAUGACCAGUGGUACGACUAGCGGAGGAACGAGUAGCAAAACGACGUACACAACGGGUACAACAGGUGGUUCUAGUACCUUUGGAUCGACGACGCAACAGCAAACUCCUUCGGAAACCACCAUCAGCUAUCGGGAUCGCGAUCGCGACCAUAUCAGAGAAACUACGUAUCCGCAUACCCCUUCUACCACUGAAGAUGAUGAAAUAAUUGAAGUGCGAAGGCCAGAUGACGAUGAAGAAGUAGACCAGGAGCAUAAAAGCAAUGCCGGUAGAAGGCCACCACCCGUUAAGGUGAUGGAGCCUCCCAACCCAGAACCGGAACCACCCUAUAAUUCACAUCAACCAGCCUUCAAUCCGACACGGGUUCCCAAGCACAAAGGUCGAAUCAAUUCGGAAGCUGAAGAACGAACAGCAAUGAUAAUCGGUAUAGUAGCGGGUGCAUUGAUUGCGGUCAUUUUGGUAAUUUUGCUAGUAUUGUGGAUCAAAUCUAAUGGCGAUAGGUCGUACAAAACGGAACAUGACAAAAGUGGUCUCUAUGGACAAGGUCCAAGCGCAGCUCUGUUAGGGGGAUCCCAUACUAACACGCAUAGCUCCCAGUACAAUACGCAUCAACAACAGCCCCAUCAUCAGCAACCUCCUCACUACAACGGUAGUGGUAACGGCGGUGGUAUGAGUGGUGGCCAUCACACAAACGGAAGCAGCACUCUACCCUUGAAUGGGUCAUUGCGUCAUCACCACAACGGUGGCAAUGGUAUGGGUGGUAGCGGCAUGGGAAUGGGUAGCGGAGGCAACGGAGCAGGUAUGGGUUACAAUGGUAGCGAUCGAGGAAGCAUGCAAUCUAGCGGAAUGGGCCAACCGUCGAAAACGAAAAAUAGAAACUCAAAGGAUAUCAAAGAGUGGUACGUCUAG